UCUUUUGUUCGAUCGAUGUUCGGCUUUCCUUUGACUCGUUGCAUUAUAAGAUUUUUAAGUUCAAGGCCAUUAAAAAACUAAUGGCGUGUAUCUUUCUUGAUAAUAAUUAUAUUAGAUUACUCCUAUGUUUACAAUUUGUGCUUUUCCAAAAUAUUUUGCAUCACGUGAUCUUAUUGAAUUUUAAUUGGUUGUCGGUGAGCGUGCCCUGCGCGACGCGAGAGGCGCAACGCAAUAAUAGUUUUCCAAAAUGCCGUCGGAAUCGAAGCCUUUGUUGACAGCUCAAACAGAAAAACCAAAUCAUUAUAAAUAUCUAAAGGAAUUCCGAGUGGAGCAGUGUCCGUCUUUCUUACAACACAAAUGUACACAACACAGGCCUUUCACAUGUUUUCAUUGGCAUUUCAAUAACCAGAGAAGAAGAAGACCCGUUAGAAAAAGAGAUGGAUCCUUCAAUUAUAGCGCAGAUAACUACUGUACCAAAUAUAAUGAGACAUCGGGUAUUUGCGAGGAUGGGGACGAAUGCCCGUACCUCCACCGCACCGCGGGCGACACCGAGCGCCGCUACCACCUCCGGUACUACAAAACAUGCAUGUGUGUGCACGACACGGACGCGCGCGGGCUCUGUACCAAGAACGGCGCGCACUGCGCCUUCGCGCACGGCGCGCCGGACCUGCGGCCGCCCGUGCUCGAUGUCAGGGAGCUCCAGGCUAUGGAGAACCCGGACCAGGCGGAUGGGGACGCCGCCGCGCCUAAUGCUUUAGAUAGGGAAAGGAAUUUGAUGAAUGAAGAUCCUAAAUGGCAAGAUACGAAUUACGUGUUAUCAUCAUAUAAAACGGAGCCAUGUAAAAGACCUCCUAGGUUAUGUAGACAAGGGUAUGCCUGCCCACAAUAUCACAAUAGUAAGGAUAAACGCAGAUCACCGCGCAAGUACAAAUACCGAAGCACCCCGUGCCCCAACGUGAAGCACGGCGAGGAGUGGGGCGAGCCGAGCAACUGCGAGGCCGGCGAGGCGUGCGGCUACUGCCACACCCGCACCGAGCAACAGUUCCACCCCGAGAUAUACAAGAGCACCAAGUGCAACGACGUGCAGCAGGCCGGCUACUGCCCGAGGGGACUGUUCUGUGCCUUUGCGCAUGUUGAACCGGAUGAUCUGACAGCGGCUCGUGAACUGUCCGCUCCACUAGAGUGCGGCACCAACCUGGCGGAGCUCCUGUCCUCCGCGCUGCCCGACGCCAAGCCCGACCUGCUGCUGCCCGCGUCGCCGCCCGCGCCCGCGCCGCACACCAACGGCAGCGGCGACUCCGAGUGCGCCAGCACCUCCAGCCAGGGCUCCAGCCAGGGCCGCGUCCGGCCCCAGGACCCCAAGCCGCCCCAACAUAACGUCUGGGCUCAGCGGAGCGCGUUUGACGCGACAGUUUUACAGGAAGUCGUCGGGAACGCCCUCGACGAUCUGCAUCUAGACGAUCCGCUGUCGCUGGUCGCCGCUUUGGAUAGGGAUUUGGCCGACGGGGAAUCCAUGCUGGCUCCGUCGGCGCCGGUCAAUAUUCCACGCGGCGCUCAUCCUCUGCGCGCCUUCAGCCCGCCCUCCGCGGGCUCCCCGCUGCCGCCCUUCCUCCGCUACGCGCACGACACCGAGCGCCUGUUCAACUCGCACGCUACUUUAAAAACUGGAAGCUACGGUGGGAGCGGCUUCGAGUUCGCGGCCACCUCGCCGAGCGCACCCGGGGAGAUAUCUCGCCUGAGAGAGGAGGUGGUGGCCUCGCGGGCCGCCGCUCUGCGUUGGGACGAGCGUAUAGCGCAGGCGAGGUCCGCUUGCGGCGCCUGGCAGAGGGAGGCCGACGAGGCGGUGCGAGCGGCACAACUCGCGGAGCGACAAAGGGAUGAAGCGGUCACGCGAGUUCACAAUUUACGUAGGGAGUUGGAGGCCGCCCGCGCCGCCGGCGCCGCCGGGGGCGCCUCGCGCGCUCGGGAGCUCCGCACUCUCCCUCUAGCGACUCUAAAACAACUUCAAGCGGCCGCUAGAGCGGAGUUGGAAGAGAUCGAGAAGGUUCUAUACCUAGAAACGGCGACCAAAUGUAUGGCGUGCGAGGAGCGGCCGCGCGCGGUGACGCUGGCGCCGUGCAACCACUACGUGCUGUGCGACAACUGCGCGCGCGCCGCCGACGAGUGCCCCUACUGCCAGACGCCCGUGCAGCGUCAUCAGUAGUCAAACUACUUGAAUCGCAUUGUUCUAUCCUGAAGCAUGUAAGUCAUUUCCAUUUAAAUACAGACGCCAAACAAGUUACGACGCAAAACAAAACAGAA